UUCGAGUUCUCUCGUCACCUCUGAUCCUUCCCUCGCUUCCUUCGUUAUUUUCAUAUUCGUUUUAAGGUCAAGUGACCGUUGCUGCACUCAUGGAUCCCGGAAUAGACGUAGGGAUGGAGAAUAGAUCUCCUUCCCCUGCCCUGGGGGAUCAUGAAAUUGACGACACAAGAGUCAGAGAGCUCCUUUGCCUGUGCUAUGAGGAAGGCAUUCUCCCCAGGGAUAUUGACCCCGGGGAAAUGACGACACAAGGUCGUAACGUUAGAUUUAAGGUUAAGGACUCCAUAGACAGGCUGAAGGUUCAGUGGCUUAAGGAGCGGACGGUCACGGUGAUCUUCAGAGACGCAGCUCGCUUCCUCCCAAGGAAUGUGAAGGAGGAUCUUAUCAGGGCCUUUGAAGACGUAAGAGUUCAGGUAGGCGACUUCGGCGAGGGCUUUAGCAGAGGGAGAGUGAAGGUGGAGAGUCUUAAUAUGGCUUCGUAUGUUGCAAAGAGCACGACGAUUUGUGCGUGGCUGGUGGACAAAAGAAUUGCCGAGGUGGAACUGGCGGGCGAGAUUUACAAGCUGGAGUUCAAGCCUUGGCUAAUCUAUGGGCAGUUGAGGGAACAGCGACGACUGGAUGAACUUUUGACAUUUUGGGUCAUAGCUGUCCAAGUUCCCUUAGACGCCAUGUUUUACCUAGAAUCGCACAUACGACAUGUCAUUGGUCCGGUCACGAUGACGCACCCGCCGGAGCAGGAUCGGUUAAAACCGACUUUGGUUGAUAUUAAAUUCUAUCUGGAUCCGGGAGCCAUAGCAAACAUGAAGGAUUCGAUCACCGUCGAAACUUUCGAGGGCGAUGAGUUGGUGGUCAAGCUGGCAUCAUCGGACACCCCACGUUGCUGCAAGUGCCUCGCGUUCUUCCACUCGGCAGAGGAAUGUAGAAGGGGAGGUCGUCCACGUCAGCAGCAAGGCAAUAUCAGUGGUCAAGGCGGCAGAGCAGAUCCGACUCAAGAGGCGUCAUCCCGUCAAGUUCCAGGCGGCGAUGGACUUCCGGUCGAGCUCUACCUCUCCAUCAAGGACGUAGUGGGAGAUAGUCUCGUAGAUCUUUACAACUCGGUCCUCACAGGGGGUAAAUUGGCUAAGAACAUGCGAAAUGGUAUUAUUUCCAUGCUCUACAAGAAAGGUGACAGAUCUGAGAUUCUGAUGAAAGAAUGAGACCUCUCGCGUCCUAAGGGCGUAUGGACUGCGUUGUUAAUGUACUCGUAUCAGAGAAGGGUAAUCAAAUCGCCCUUUUGGA